CAGGAUUUGCACAGAACACCGCCAUCUUCAUCAGGAAAAAAUUCAGUCAAUAUUAUGCACUUUCUCUUCUCCUAGUUUUUACUUUCUUACUUUUUGUGUGUACAACUAACAUUGAAAUUUCUGUAAACUGUAGGCAUAGAUAGAUUUUAUAUUUUCUUGGAAUAAGCUCAUCCAUUUACAAGAUCGUCAGCUUGAAAAGUCAUGGGAUAAAAUUUCGCCUGAAUUCUUAGAAAAUUUGUUAAAAAAGCCAAACUCAUCAUCCACAUUUUCAAGUGGAAAUGUGUUACCAAUUCAGGAUUAUUAAAGAUGUCUAGUACCUAAAGCAGUUCAGGUAUCACCUUAAGUAAACCAUACAUUAUUUCACAUAGUUUUAUUCCUUGAAAAUUCCAAAAUAUUUUUUGCACUUAUUAAGGGUACCAAGGGCAAUGCAAAAUCAAUACUUAGAGUUAUUGGUGUUGGUUCUGCAAGGGAGCAUCUUUGGACCUUUGUUCCUUCUUCUAUGCGUUAACGAUAUGUACGGAUUAUUAGAGAAGCAAAAGCUAACCCAGUAUGCAGAUGAUAUGUCCAUAAUAUUAAGUGCCUUGAAUUUGCAAAAUCUUGAGGUCGGCUAUCACAUAGUCAUGAAAGAAAUUGAACAAUACUUCAGCAAUCUAGAGCUAAUUCUGAACCUUGAUAAGACUGAAGUUAUGCUUUUUCAAUACCCAAGGUUAGAGAAAUUUCAACCAGCCUUUGUAAAGGAGGAGGCAAAGGAAGUUAAU